AUGGCCUUCCUCUGGCUCCUCUCCUGCUGGGCCCUCUUGGGCACUGCUCUCAGCUGCGGGGUCCCUGCCAUUUCCCCAGUGGUGAGCGGCCUAUCCAGGAUCGUCAACGGGGAGGAAGCUGUCCCUGGCUCCUGGCCCUGGCAGGUGUCCCUGCAGGACAAGACCGGCUUCCACUUCUGCGGGGGCUCCCUCAUCAGUGAAAACUGGGUGGUCACCGCUGCCCACUGCGGGGUCACGACAUCGGACCGCGUUGUGGCUGGGGUUUUUAACAAGGGCGCUAACGAGGAGGACGCCCAGGUCUUGAAGAUCUCUAAGGUUUUCAAGAACCCCAGUUACAACAGUAUUUCCAUCAACAACGACAUCACCCUGGUGAAGCUGUCCACGUCCGCAACCUUCAACGAGAAAGUGUCCGCUGUGUGCCUGCCCAGCUCCAGUGAUGACUUCCCCGCUGGGAAGCUGUGUGUCACCACAGGCUGGGGCUUGACCAACCCCAAAAACAGCAACACUCCUGACAAGCUGCAGCAGGCGGCCCUGCCCAUCGUGUCCAGCACCCAGUGCAAGAAGUCCUGGG